UAAAAUAAAAAUGCUACCCGGAGCCCGAAAUGGUGUUAAUUUCGGGCGGUGGGCUGUGGUGAACCUUCGUCAAGAAAAACCCUAUUUGAUGGUGAAGGUGGUGAGUAAGGGGUUUUAGCUCCGAGCUUUGAGACAUGAUCCGUUUCACGAAAUUCAAAUCUCUCUCCCUAUCUGCGGAUUCCAGCGCCCACCAAUUGCUUCAAAGAUGCUGGGUGAGUGGUACUGCCAAAGGCAAAUCGAAGAUCAAAGCUGGCCAACCGCUGAAGCGCUCCAAAAUUACCGUUAAAAAGGGUGGAGCCGCUUCCAAAGGUGGUGAUAGUGGUGGAGGAAAGAAAAUCUCUCCUGAAGAGGAAAAGCUCUAUGAUCAAUGCCUAAAUGCUCCUACUCCUCUGCGGUUCUUGAAAGCUAAAGAAAGAGAACGCGAGGCCGAGCGAGAGAAGCUUGGGCUCAUGAGCAAAGAGCGGCAACGCGAGAUUGAGAUGAUGAAGAUGGAUAAAUCGAAAUUGGGGAUUUCUGAUUCUCCGUCGAUUAUUGGAACUCCGGGUUUGGAUUUGAUUUCGCUAGGUGUAGUCGACGCGGAUAAGAUUCCGAAGUAUGAGUUGACAGUGGAAGAUGGGCGGCGACUUGCGAAGGAAUACAGUCGGGUGUUGAUGAGGCAACAUCGUGCAAGACGGGCAGCUGAAUCGACGCUGUUGAAGAUGAAGAAGGAAGCUAUUGAAGCAUUACCAGAUCAUUUGAAAGCUGCUGCUUUGGUUCCAGAUAUGACCCCGUUCCCCGCAGACAGGUUCAUGGCGACUUUGACGCCUCCAAUCGAAGGGUAUAUGGAAAAGAUCGAUGAAGCAGCAAAGAGGAGUAGCGCAAAAGAGAAACUUAGAUGAUCAAAGAGGAGGAUUUUUCCAUUUCCUGGCUAAGGAACCAGUUUAUCUUCUGGAUAAAACCCUGUAACCCAAGAUCUUGGUUAGCUGAAGUUGAAAGGGGUUCAUUGUCAAAACUCGAAAGACAUGUUUUAUGAAUUACCUGGCUAAGGAACCAAAUUGUCUUCUAAAUAAAUCCAACCUUGUUCCGUCAAGAUCUUGGUAUGGAAUAGCUCAAGCUGAAUCGGGCGAGCCAUUGUAAGGAACGCAAAGUCAUGUUUUAUGAAUUCCACUACUGUUCAUGUUUUUGGGAACUCAUGUAGAAGUAUAAUCUGACUUAUAUCUUUUCCUUUGCUUCCUACCA